CACACGUUUGGACCUUUGAAGAUUUUGGGGUGUUUUCUUGUUUGAUGUCAAUGGCAUUGAAUCAAAUUUUGAUAUUGAUGGCUAAGGCUCAAAUAUUUCAUCGAUCUACAGGGUAUUUUGAAGGGCCAACAUUUUCUUUAUAACAAUGAUCAUUUAAAAACUGAAAACAAAAGAAAUUUAGAUAACAAACCAAUUAUUUUAACACUGAAUCAAAAACAAGUUUGUAAAUAUUACUUACCAUUGAUAUGCCAGUACGAGAUGCAUUUUUCUUAAGACACUUAUUACAAAUUGUAUGUUUAUCCUUAAUAUGACGACCGCAUAUUUAAUACGUGGUAUAAAUUGCAUCACUACCAAUAUCUGGGAGUGCUUCAUUGUUCGUUGAUGAAAUCCAUGUUCCCAUCUCUUGAAAACAUGCUUAAAAUUGGAAGGUGUUGAAAAAUAAAUCUAGAUGAAUCAAAAUUCAAUACACCUUCAAAUGCGACAGCCAUUUUAAUUUUUCCAAGUAUGAAGUUUUGUUGACAAGCUGACAACUGACAUGACAUUUCGAUACGAGCGCCAUCCCGUUAAUUGGAGUGGUACUAAAUUACCGUCCUCAUGUUUUUCCAUUUGAGUUACCAGCCCCUGCCCAAGUCCGACUCACGUAAGUUCUGUUUAUAAAUACGGGCCUAAAUACGGGCCAAUAGUCCAACAAAAUUCUUCUGUUGCCGAACUCAGCUAUAGUGCGAGGUUUUGUGUAUAGUUAAUUAGCAAAGAGGAAAACGAAGAAGAAUAUGACAAAUGACAGUCAGACAACCGAAAGAAAAUAAUUUUAAAAAGUAUUCAAAAAUGUAUGUAUCCAAAUUAGGAAAAAUUAUCCUUAAAUUUAUUAUUUAGAAAAUAUCUCUAGUUUAUUUUUGAAUCAGUCUUUUAUCUUCUGAAAAUUAUUAAUAAAAGAUAAAUAACUAUAGUGUAUUUUUUGUCAAAAUUAACACAUAAAUAAGCUUAGAUUUUCUAUGUAAAUAAGUGUUUUAGACAGAUGAUCCUGAAAUAUAAAAAUGGAAGAAAUUAAGCCCAGUAAUACAAGCAACAUAAGUGUUGAUAAUUACAGGAAACUAGUGCAAACUUAUAUUGAUUUGCACAUUUAUAGUACUGCUUUAUUUUGGGCUGAUAAAGUUGUAGCAAUAACAGGAAAUCCCAAAGAUGUUUAUUGGUUAGCACAGUGUAUGUACCUUUUAAAACAAUACCACAGAGCUGCUUAUUUACUUAAAUCAAAGAAUUUGGAUAGGACCAAUCUUCAGUGUGCCUAUUUAACUGCUCGAUGUUUAUUUGAAGCCAAUGAACUUGGAGAAGCCCUGAAAAUUAUCAACAAUAUCGAUAGCAUGAAUUUUGUUCCUCCUUUCAAUACCAGCACAAGUUUUUUGUUAAUAAACACACCCAAAAACCAAGCUUAUUCAUCCUUUUUGUUGUUAAAAGGCAAAAUACUCGAAGGUAUGGACAAUAGAGGACUAGCUGCAGAUUGUUAUAAACAAGCUCUUCAUUUUGAUGUUCAUUGUUUUGAAGCUUUUGAUUCUUUGAUCAAAUAUCAAAUGCUGACAUCUUCAGAAGAGGAAGAUUUGCUAAAAUCUUUGCCAAUCUCAGAUCAGUGUUCAAUAGAAGAAGCAGAAAUUUUACAAACACUAUACGAGUCCAAAUUGAAAAAAUACCACACUCAUACAUUACCCAAACCCAACGAAAGCAAAAUAAUGUUUGGCAGUACACCAGGUUCAACUGACAGAUCCUUAAAUAUAAUGCAUCUCACCCCCAAUCCAACAUUCAUUCACUCUGGUUUCUCUUUAUCAACUCCUACUCUAGUCAGCACGCCGAACGUUGUGAGAAAUAACGACAAAAAUCUGAAAAAAACAGAACGGGAUAUUUUAAAGAAUGAUGACAGUCAGAUGCAAGUUGAAAGCCAGGAAAAUGCCUGUCUCAUAAAACUGAAGAAUAGUCUUGAUUUACAAGUGGCUGAAGCUGAAAGAUUGUAUUAUAAUUGUGACUACCAAGCUUGCAGUUCUCUAACGGAAGCCAUUCUCAAAAUUGAUCCUUAUCAUGACUCCUGUUUGCCUAUACAUAUAUCUUGUCAAGUGGAACUGAAACAGAGCAAUAAACUGUUCUCUUUGGCUCACAAUUUAGUUGACUUAUAUCCAAAUUUAGCCAUUUCUUGGUUUGCCGUUGGAUGUUACUAUUAUAUAAUAGGUAAAAGUGACUUUGCAAGAAGGUACUUGGCCAAAGCAACUUGCCUGGAUAGGCUUUUCGGACCAGCAUGGUUAGCUUAUGGGCAUUCAUUUGCAAUUGAAAAUGAACAUGAUCAAGCUAUGGCUGCUUAUUUUAAAGCCUCGCAGCUAAUGAAAGGGUGUCAUCUACCUUUGCUGUACAUCGGUUUGGAAUGUGGUUUAACGAACAACGUUAGAUUAGCUGACAAAUUCUUUCAACAAGCUCAAAGUAUUGCUCCAGACGAUCCAUUUAUAAUGCACGAAAAAGGUGUUAUAGCUUUCCAAAACUUAGACUACAAAACAGCAGAAACGCAGUUUAGGAAGGCAUUAGAAAGGGUGAAAAGGAUCAAAAAGGGUAUCGUUCCGCAAAGGUGGAGCCCUUUGCUAAAUAAUCUAGGUCAUGCUAGUAGGAAAUUGAAAAAAUAUGAAGAAGCGUUAAAUUUUCACAAUCAAGCUCUCUUACUGACUCCUCAAUCAGCUAGUAUAUAUUCAUCCAUAGCAUACGUUUAUGUUUUAAUGGAAAAUUACGAAGAAGCUGUGGAAUGGUUUCACAAAGCUCUAGGUUUAAAACGAGACGACGCUUUUAGCACUACCAUGCUAAAUUACGUUAUAGAGCAAUUGACGGAGGAAGAACCGCCUUAUCCAAACUGCCCUGAUGAAAUACCCAAAUUCAGUAUAGAGCCAAAAGCGGCCGAUUGUACCGCAACCGAAAGCAUAGCCGAAGAUACGAGUUCUGUGAUUCCCAGUGUAAAUAACCAGAUGUCGGAUAUGAGCAUGAGUAUAGAAGUUGACAUGGUGGAUGCGAGCGGUAUAGUUAAAGAAUAAAAUUGUUAGUUUUAACGCGUCUAUAGAUUUUAAAGUUUAUUUUAUUGUAAUAAAGUUUCCGAUAAGUUUGUGAUAGUUUCUCUAUUAACAUAACAUAAUGUGAAUUGUACCUCGUGAUAUUCAGUCAUCAAAAUAGAGCAAUGGCUUAGCUUUACCAGUUUCUCUUUGAUGUAUCCAUGAUAUAUUCAGUUACCCAAAUCACCUAGAUAAAAUGUGCCUCCUGUCUGAGUUACAUAAAAAUUAUUUGUGC